AUGAAACGUCAACGGCACAGUCCGCCACAGCGGCACAGUUCGCUUCCUCCCAGCCUCCAUCGGCUGCUCGUCUCCGGCCCGCCUCAGCAGUCGCAGGACGCCGACGACGAUGCGGAGGACACCGCGCUGCAGAGGGGGGACGACGGUGAGGAGAUCCCGUUCGGAGGCGCAGCCGAUCCCGUCAAUCCCGCUCCGGGGGCGGAGCCCGCCCUCCCCUCGCUCGUCCUCACGCAGGCUGCGUUCGCGGGCCUUGGGGUCGUCGAACCUAUAGCCAGCCGUAGACACAGUCGAUCUCCAGCGCCGCAUGCCGCCCAGGUGGCUGCUGGCCCCAUACCCGCCCUUCCGUUACCCGGGCCCUCGUUCCCUCCGCCACGCAUCCAGGAAGCAGCGCCUUCUCCGAGACGAAUACCGGAGAGCGGGCGGGGAAGUCCUGCGUCAUUGACGGCGGAAAAUUAUCCUGUCGCGGUUGGAUCCACGGCAUACUCCGUCACCACCUUGUCGCCGCUGCGAGCGACGAUCUUGCCGCCCGGCGUCGAGCCUGCGAGCGCGCCUGCGGUCGGACCCCAAGAGUCCGCCUCUUCCGGAGUCGCCGUCUCGCCGCCUGCGGGGCGGGAAUUGUCGCGAACUGGCGGAGAGAGGACGGAGGUGAAGCGCAGCGAGUCGGACACGGAGGGCGAGGUGGCUGCUGUGGGAGAGAAACGGGCGCGGCGGGCACGUUCAGAGCAGCGAGAGAGCACGGCGUCGUCGAGCUCGGAGCACGCGCAGGCGCCAAAGUCGAAGAAGACGCUGAUUGCCUGUCACUUCUGCCGAGCCCGAAAGCUGCGAUGCGAUGGACUGAGGCCGUCAUGCAGCAACUGCCGCAAACGCGUCAAGGUGUGCACGUACGAGCAGCAGCCGAAGCGGCGGGGGCCGGGCAAGACACCGCGUGCGACGGUGCGGCGGCGGACGCGGCACGCGACGGCGACGGGGGACGAGGACGCGGAGCCAGGGCGGGCGGCGGAGGUGGGGGUGGGCGUCGCGAGUGGCAGUGGCAGCGGGGUGGCGAGUACGGGGGCUGCUGCGGGCGCCCCGGGACCGGAAGCCGCGGGACCCUCGAACGCGGAAGGGGCGUCUGCAGCGGGGGCUUCUCUCCCUGCUUCUGCUGCCGCCGCCGCUGUCCAGACGGGUCCCUUCCCAAUGACGCGCCAGGCGUUCGAGCCCCAGCUCACAGGCCCCAUCCCCACCUAUCCCGGCUUCGCAUACCGUCCUCCGUCCGCACACAGCGCCGGCCAGCUCCCCCCCUUCCACUUCUACUCGCUCGGACGCGGCAUGAGCCGGAGCGUUGCCUCCGACAGCGUGCGCUCCUCGAACACCUCAAACGUUUCCUCCGCCCCCUCUGUCCCCGACUCUGAGGAGGGUCCGGAAGGGAGCGUGGCGGACGAACUCAUGGAACUCACGGAACUGGAAGAGUUCUAUCAGCACCCCCAGCCGAGGCCAGGGCCAGGAGAGGACGGUUCGCAAUAGAGAGCGUCCGCUGCGGACACACAUGGGGGCGAGGGAAGGACGCCGCAGAGGGGCGUGGGGCGCAGGGUGAUAUGCACACUCGGACGACCCUGCUUCUCAGCCUGGGCCAGCGAGGGUGCGUGCACCGUUUCCCAUGUGGUUCGCCGUUGCCGUGGACGGUGACAGUUGGACACACGCGCCCUGAUUCUCGGGGAUGGUCCGCUGGUCCGUUAGCGUUGGCGGGCGGGGCGUGGGUGCUCCGGGGAGGCGUGGGCCCGCGAACUUGUUAAUCUACAUAUACAUACGACUGGUCGUGCUAGUUCGCCGCGGUCGCGCGCGAGUGCUCUCUGAUUGUUUCCAUAGGAUAUCCGGCUGGGUAGUGUAUGCACGGUAUACUGUCUAAACACGACUAUUGUAGCGUAGGGCUAGGUAGCGCUAAUACGGC